GGCCGGAGGGGGCCGCAGCACGGACCAUGGCGGCGGCGGCGGCGGCAGUGACGGUGGCGGCGGGCGCCGAGGGGCGGCGCGCGGCCCUGGAGGCGGCGGCGGUGCCCGAGCGGGGCGGCGGGAGCUGCGUGCUGUGCUGCGGGGACCUGGAGGCUACGGCGCUGGGCCGCUGCGACCACCCGGUGUGCUACCGCUGUUCCACCAAGAUGCGGGUGCUGUGCGAGCAGCGUUACUGCGCCGUGUGCCGCGAGGAGCUGCGCCAGGUGGUCUUUGGGAAGAAGCUUCCUGCCUUUGCCACAAUCCCCCUCCACCAGCUGCAGCACGAGAAAAAAUAUGACAUCUACUUUGCCGAUGGAAAAGUUUUUGCCUUGUACAGGCAGCUGCUUCAGCACGAGUGCCCACAGUGCCCUGAACUGCCGCCGUUCGGCCUCUUCGGGGACCUGGAGCAGCACAUGCGGAAGCAGCACGAGCUCUUCUGCUGCAAGCUGUGCCUCAAGCACCUCAAGAUCUUCACCUAUGAGCGCAAAUGGUACUCACGCAAGGACCUGGCGCGGCACCGCAUGCAGGGGGACCCCGAUGACACGUCACACCGCGGGCAUCCGCUCUGCAAGUUCUGUGAUGAGCGCUACCUGGACAACGAUGAGCUGCUCAAACACCUGCGCCGCGACCACUACUUCUGCCACUUUUGUGACUCCGAUGGAGCCCAGGACUACUACAGCGACUACGCCUACCUGCGCGAGCACUUCCGGGAGAAGCACUUCCUGUGUGAGGAGGGCCGCUGCAGCACGGAGCAGUUCACCCACGCCUUCCGCACCGAGAUCGACCUCAAGGCCCACAGGACAGCCUGCCAUAGCCGGAGCCGUGCCGAGGCCCGCCAGAACCGCCAGAUUGACCUGCAGUUCAGCUACGCACCCCGGCACUCGCGCCGCAGCGAGGGGGUCGUCGGGGGUGAGGACUACGAGGAGGUGGACAGGUACAACCGUCAGGGCCGUGCCGGCCGGGCCAGUGGUCGCGGAGCCCAGCAGAGCCGUCGAGGAAGCUGGAGGUACAAGAGGGAAGAAGAGGACCGGGAAGUGGCAGCUGCCAUCCGGGCCUCGGUGGCCGUGCCGCAGCUGCAGCAGGAGACGCGCAGGAGUGAGGACCGGGAGGAGGGCGGCAGGGCCAAGAAGGAGGAGGCAGGGCUGCGGGUGCUCGAGGAGCUCCGCGGCCCCCGGCGCCUGCCCCGGACUCAGGGCGAGGGAGCAGGCCUCAAGGAAGCCUCGCCCAACGGUCCUGUAAGCCCAGAGGGCCUCCUGGCAACCGGCCAGGCCACAGGGGCCACGCCUCCAAGCACCCUCCCACCUCCCACUUCGAAGCUCAAGGAUGAAGACUUCCCCAGCCUCUGCGCCUCUGCGUCCUCCUCUGCCUCGUGCUCUGCUGCGGCAGCUCUGGGCCCCGUGGGGCUGGCACUGGCGUACCCCAUCCCUGCCCGGGGCAGGAGCACCUUCCAGGAGGAUGACUUCCCUGCCCUGGUGUCCUCCGCCUCCAAGCCCAGCGCUGCCCCCACCAGCCUUAUUUCCGCCUGGAACAGCAGCGGCAGCAAGAAGGUGGUGCAUCCCACCUCGGGGGCCCAGGCUGCUGGUGGGAGCGGCCAGCCCCCCAGGAAGGCUGGCAAGGCAGGCAAGGGCAGCAAGAAGGGCGCGCUGCCACCGUCGGAGGAGGAGGAAGAGGAGGAGGCCGGCCGUGCCGGCCUCACUGCCCAGGAGCUACGGAGCGUGCCCACCACGGUAGCCGUCUCCUCCCUGUUGGCGCUGGCCUCCACCCAGACCCUCCCCAAGGUUGGCAAGAAGAAGAAGGUGGGCUCGGAGAAGCCGGCUGCCACCUCACCGCCCCCACAGCCUCCUGACAAAGAUGGGCCCCCUGGGGCCGAGCAGGCCCCCACCACGACCGCCGGCAGAGCCGAGGGGCCCGUUGCCCUCAUCGUCAAUGGACACACAGAGGGGCCGGCCCCAGCUCGGAGCACGCCCAAGGAACCUCCUGGGCUCCCGCGGCCCCUGGGGCCCCCCGCCUGCCCCACACCCCAAGAAGACUUCCCAGCACUCGGAGUCCCCUGCCCACCCAGGAUGCCCCCUCCCCCAGGCUUCAAUGCUGUGGUGCUCCUGAAGGGCACCCCACCCCCGCCUCCGCCCGGCCUGGUGCCACCCGUCAGCAAGCCACCCCCUGGCUUCUCGGGCCUCCUGCCCAGCCCCCACCCAGCCUGUGUCCCCAGUACUGCCACCGCCACGAAAGCGCCCAGACUGACACCUGCGCCACAGGUCUACCUGGUGCCCGAGAACUUCCGGGAGAGGAACCUUCAGCUCAUCCAGUCCAUCAAGGACUUCCUGCAGAGUGACGAGGCCCGCUUUGGCAAGUUCAAGAGCCACUCGGGGGAGUUCAGACAGGUCAGCCAGGCAGGGGUGUGGGGGGCCAGCACGGCCACUGUGGGGGCUCAGGCCCGGGCUGGGCAUGACUGGGUUUGGCUCUGGGUGGCAGGGCGUGAUCUCCGCAGCCCAGUAUUACAAGAGCUGCCGCGACCUGCUUGGGGAGAACUUCCAGAAGAUUUUCAACGAGCUGCUGGUGCUCCUGCCCGACACGGCCAAGCAGCAGGAGCUGCUGUCCGCACACACGCACUUCCGGGGCCGGGAGAGGCCUCCUGGCACCAAGGCCAAGAAGAACAGGAAGAGCGCGUGGCAGGCCAGCACCCGGCCGGCGGGCCUGGACUGCUGCGUGUGCCCCACCUGCCAGCAGGUGCUCGCGCACGGUGAUGUCAGUGGCCACCAGGCACUGCACGCCGCCCAGGACAACGACUUCCCGUCCCUGCAAGCCAUCGCCAGGAUCCUCACGUAGCCCCCCCAGCAUGGGCAGGAGCUGCCACACCCACAAGCCUCCUUCCUCCUCCCUCCUUCCCGGCUGCCCUGCAGCCAGGUAAGGCCCUGCUGAGGCCGCCGCUCAGGCCCCUCCGCCGGCCAGCCCGCCUGGGGUCGCCAGGAAGGCCCACCCACCCUGUCCGCACACCAUCACAUAGGAGUCCAUCCAGUUUCCUCCUGGGAGGUGGGCAAAGACCCCUGCCUCCGUGCUGGGCUGGUCUGGGUUUGUGUUUUCCUGCUUUGGAAGGUGCGAGGGGAGGGAAGGGCCGGGACGCAGGAACCUGUCCAUGCUGUCAGAGCUGGUGGCAACAGCGGGCCCCCUCCAGGCCCCCUGAGCCCGAGGGCUACAGCGCCGCCGCCCCCCAAGCCAGAAGCUGCGGGGCCACCGGGGCCGGAGUCAGAUGUUGAGCGUGUUGUGUAAACAGUUGGCUAUUUCGUGAUUCAAGAACGUUCAGGAUUAAAAGCAGACACGAAAUUGUGCUACUUGAAGUUGAAUCCUUGUAUGAGACAAGCUGAAUCUGGGAUCUCAAAUUGACUCUGACCUUUUAUAAGACCGUGUAUCUUCAAAUAAAUUUAUUUUGCAAUAAUGCA